CAAAACAAAUCUGGAGCCGCCGCCGGGAUCGGGAUGUCGAGAAAGUUGACGGUUCGCAGACUUUUUAUUGCUGGAAUUCUACAGUAUGACUUCCGUUUUCUUGUAUGUCCCCAACAUUAUUGGGUAUAUUCGUCUGGCCUUGGUCUUCAGUAGUUGUUUCUUCUACUCUACAAAUGCUGUAGUCUUCAUUAGCCUUUACCUUGCUCAGUCAAUACUUGAUGGAUUUGAUGGUGCACUGGCAAGAAAGCUGAAACAGACUUCAGCAUUUGGUGCCUGGUUUGAUGUUGUUAUUGACAAUCUAGGGCGGGGUAUGCUAUGGUGCAGAUUAUUCAAGUGGGGUUACUUCAUAGCAGCCAUGGAGUGGUUAGUGUUUGUCUGUACACAUAGUCUGGGUGCUCAGUGGAAAACAAGUAAAGUUCAAGCACCAUGGAUUGUUAACAAAGUUAUGGAAAAAAAUUUCAAGACACCACUUGGGACAUUCACCAUUCUAGGUCUAUUUGUUCUACCUCUUUGGCUCUAUGCACACUAUACGGGUGUCCUUGGCAAGACUUUAAGAGUACCCAUCUCUGUACAGUAUGCUGGUAUUGCGUUCCUCAGUACUGGAAGGGCGCUAGCUUUUACAGUUGAGUCCUUCUUUGUCUAUUCCCACAUACUGUACUUGACGAGGGAGGAAGAAAAGUAGCACAUCCAAGACUAACCAUAGAUAGGACUUACAAACAAUGGAUAGCUCACAGAAUGUGCUACAUAUUAUUUGGAGUAACAAAGAUGGAGGACAUGCCAUUUUGGACUGCAUGAGAAUCCUCACCAGAAAAUGCCAAGCAUGCAAAGGUAAUUUGAAACGAUAUGCAAUGUAUGUGUUAUGUCCAUGAUCUGAACUUAUGCAUCAAUUAAAUGAAAACUGCCUUUUUUUAAUUUAAUAUAUUUUAUUUAUGAACACAUUAUGUAUGUUUAUUAUAAAAUGAAUAUUAAGAAAAUACAAUGUCCAAACUGGCAUUCUUUUUGUGAUAGCUUUUAUUCAAUCAAGUUCAUAAUUUUUUGUCAUAUCAUCUUUAUGAAAUAUAUGAAAUGUAUAUGAAAAAGGAAAUAUAUGUAGUAAAAAAUCCAGAUUUAAAUUCAUAUAGAAAUGUAAAAUAUAUAUUACAAUCAUGUUAAUGAUGAUGAUCAUAAGUUCUGAAGACUAUUAUGUUUGGAUAAAAAUCAAAAUUUAUGAUCACGAUUAGGUACGGUAAUUCAAAGAGUAAUAUUCUAUAUGGACUAUUGUAAAUAAAUGGUUGUUUCUUAAAAGCCAUGAAAUAUUAUGCAAAUGAGUGAGAUUUCUCAGGAUCGAUAACCACAGAUACAUGUAUAUUGUAAUGUAUGACAUGCGAUGUGUGCAUAAGACUCAUUUGAAAUCGCUUUAUGAAUUUCUUUUGCCACCCACCACCCAGAUGUGAGAUAAAAUCUUGGUGGAUGCAAAAACUCAAAUGUAUUUCAUUAAGCAUAGUAGACAGCAAUGUGGCGUCUGACUGAUGUAUUCCAGAGGGAGUGGUAAAUUUGCAUGUGUGUGACCAUGUAAUCCUGAAUACAGUGAUUGGGUGCAAAAUGAACUUAUAAAUUCUGUCUGUGGAGAUAUUUUGACCAUGGUGUACAUGUAUGUAUAUGCAUUUAAAUCAACCUGUAAAGGUUCAGACAGAGUUUAAGACUAUAAAUCUUAAAUUUAAUUCAUAUUUUGACCGAAAUUGUUUGGAAAUGUAAAGCAUGAUCUCACAGACUAUAAGACGAUGAAAUAUUAUAUGAAUUGUGAACACAACUUUCUUUUCUUUUAAUAAAUUUGUGUGCUAAUAUUAGACUUUUAACAGAAAUGUUGAGGAUACAUCUUUUUGCAAUCUCAGACAGUUGUAAAAUAUCAAAAAAAACGAAGAAAUGUAUUAAUGUGUGUGUGAUUUUGAUAAACAUUCUAAUAUGCUGAUACUGUAGUGUGUAAUUCAUUCCAUGAUAAUUUGUUAAUUGUUCUGUCAAAAUAAUUAUGAUAUGAAGACAGUUUAUAGUUCAUUCCAUUUCGUUUAUUUGUUCUUUCAAGGUGUAUAAUUUAUUUUUUCAUUAUGAAUUUUUAUAAUUUGUAAGUGUAUAAAUCAUUCCAUGUGUUGUUUUUUGUAUCAAAUUAAGUGCCUAAUUGUUUUUCAUAAGGUUUUUGUGUGCACAUGUUCAGUACUUAAGGUGAUUUCUUGACACUUUCAGAUCUAGUAAAGUCUCAUUCUGAUAAUUGACGAUGGUAUACACGUUGGCAUAAAAUAGCAAUCUGAAGGUCUCAACAGGGAGUAGUACCAGUAUUUAUAAAAUGAAAACAAAUCUUAUUUUUAGUUCUUGCAUUGGUUGUUUUGAUUUGUUUUAAUUAUAUUUGGAAAAGAAAAUAACAUUAAAAUGUUGAAAACAUUAGAGUUUAGAAAGGCUUAUCAAAGUGUCUUAAAUUAUGAUGUCUCUGGGAAUUGUUUGUAUUUUUAGCCAGGAAAUUCUGAGCCGAUGUUUGAAACUGGUAACUAUUGUAAUAUAUUUUCACAAUCUCUGUAACUCACCCAUGAAUUAAAUUUAUUUAAUCUUUUUUUUCCGGGGAGGGUCAUUUUCUGGCAAUUAUGUUUCUUCUCUUAUCUGGAGUGAUGCUGAGGAAAGAGAACAAGUUCUGUCCAGGUUUCGUAUACUUUCAUUAUGAAAAAAAUUAAAAAAAAAUAAAAAGGGAAAAAAAAUUCAAAAGGAGACCUUUUUAAUAUAAUGGGUUUUUUGCGAUCUUAUUUUAUGUUAUGCAAUUCAGAUAUAUACUGAAAUGUUUAAAUGAAGUCAGAUGUUCUUUUGUCAGAUGCACAAAGCAAGGCACUCAAUUGGCUUAGGAGUUGGGAUAUAGAUUUCAUUCAACUCUUCUUUGUUUAGUUUUUCUACUGCAAUUGUAUAGAGAGUGCCACAGUAUUCAAAUAAUGAUAUAUCGCUCAAAAAAUAUUCAUUCCUAUAUGUCUCAGGAUGUAUUUUUAGACUGUAUUAUUUUAUUUGGAACAUGGAUAUGGGUAAGAAACCUAUUGGAAUAUAACAUGCAUCAUUUGUACAUGUUUUUGAAGAGAACAAAACAGAAUUGUUGAAAUAUUUACAAGAAUAGGAAUUAUAUAAAAUAUUUUACAUCAAAGUAACUUUUAGUUACCUUGCAACUCAUAUAUGUUUCUUGCUAUUUUGAAACCUAAUUGUUACUACUGCAUGUGAAACGAAAAGAAAAACAAUGGUGUUUACAGUACUGUACAGUAGGUUCCAUGGACACCAUAAUUUUAAGACUAAUAUGCAAAUUUGAGCAGUAAAUAAUUUUCAUAUUAGUGAUUUUACUAUCAAAUGAGUGAAAUACAAGGCUUUUUAAGUUGAGCUUUGUUUCAUCAAUUUUUAAGUCAAGUUUGCACAUUCUAAGAAAUGCUAAAUUAAAAUAAUAAUCAUAAUCAUGAAACAUUGUAUUUCUAGAGCUCUAUAUAACGAUGUAUCUAAGAAUUUUACAAAAAGUACUGAGUAAUAUAUAUUAUACAAGAUGAUUGGCAAAACUAAAUAAAAAAAUGUACAGUAUAAAGUAUUACUAUAUCAACUAAAUAUUACAUACGUAUAUACUCAGUGUACAAAAGUUGGAAAUGCAACAUUCAAUAUGGUACAGAUUUGGUGUUCUUAUGAACCUUCUUAUUUAUCUAACUCUAUUUAGGUUUUUUAUCUUCAUGCUUCUGUUCAUUCUAAUUACAGUAGAAUUACACACAAUGACUAUCUAUGUGGACUCUAAUAGGAGAAAAAUCGUCCAUAAGCCCAAGUGCAUAUUCCCCUGUCUCUGAUACAUUAAAAAAAAAUCAUGUUCAUGUAUAUUGAUUUUGUUUCAGUUGAGGCUGAUUAAUGCCAGGAGAUAUUUUUUUCUUUAACAAGUUUAGGAUUAAUUGUAAACUGAAAUAUUUUGUUUACAUAGUUCAUUUGUUAGCAUUUGCUUUGAUACCAGAAGUGAUCCUUGUAAUCUUCUGCUCUGCUUAAUUCAAAGAUUUUGCUUCCCAUUUUUUAUAUUGCAUUAGGAUAUGUGAAUGCUAUGUGAAUUAAAAGGUUAAAGCAGUCAGAUAAUCCUGCUAUUUGAAAUAGAAUAAAAAUAAUGUUUAAAAACACAAUUAAUUCAAGUGAAGUACCGAUACAUUCCAGUUCAAACUCCAUAUAUUCAAAACAAGAAAAAGGAAAUACCGAACUUCAAUAUCCCAGAGAGCACAAAUACCAAUAAAUUUGAAUAAGAGACACAGAUUAAUCUUAAUGACAUUUAUAAACUCCCGACUUUUGCAAGGAGAUCCAAUAUUUGCCAUUGAUACAAAAUAACUUGGGUUGGUUGACAGUACCAAGAUAAUUGUUGCUCCAUGAAAAAGGUAUGUUCACUGCAUAGAGAAAACAUACAAAAUUUUAGUACAGUGAACUGCUAUUACAUGUAUAAGAGAGCUUCCUUAUCAAGUCUUCAUGCAGGAAGUGAAUAUUGUGAGAUUUGGAAGUAUUUAACCUUUCAUGAAAUAUUUCUUUAUUGGUAAGUUCGGGAUGUAUGAAUCAUCCAUCACCAUAAAUAAAUUAAUGCUACACCUUGCUCGCUAUUGUCCAUUGAUAGGAAAAAUAGAUACAUGAACAGAUAAAUUGCCUGAAAGAUUUGUUGCAUCCUUGAGCGAUUUAUCUUAACUAUUUAUUAUUUUGUGUGAACUGUGAAUGUUAAAUGUACGACGUUGUCUUGUUUUUUGUAUAUCAUUACAAAUUAACAUUUCAUUGAUCUUAUUCAUUGAAUUGAAAUCGAUACCCCUUCCCUAUUCCCAUUAACUCAGGGAGAAACACUUUAAUGGUAACCAUGGGUGGAUGCAGCAUUUAAUACUAAAAAAGGUAAUAGGUCUCCAUCACCACAGUAACGAUCAAAAAGACAUUUAGACAAGCAAAAUCCCCAAACAAGACAAAAAUGAAAAAUGCUCAACCCUCCCCCUUCCCGAUCGUUCGGUACCUUAUUAACCAUUCCUGAGAUCGUUUAAUGUUUGUUUUAUGUUUGUGUGCUCACUCAUCUUAACCUAUGAAUAUGCUUAUUCCUCUGAGGCUCUGUGUUGGUAUCACUCCCUGAAGAAAAGGGUUCAGAUUAAUGCCUUGUGUUUGCAUCAAUUAUUAAAAUAUUAUGAAGCUCUCUAA